CUGGGUGAAAUCCAACUUCCUUCUGCCAACCUACGAUCACGCGGUUACAGAGAACACGAGAGUCCGAAACUGAUCUUAUGUUUGUCUCUAAUAUCUGUCGUGUGAUUUUCAGCGAAUUGUUCUACCAUCGAGCGUUUUUGCAACUUCCCUGAGCCUGCUAUCCGACGUCACUGGCCCAUGUUUGUAUUGGAUUAUUAGACUGUUUUCCCCUGUCGCGACAAUCUCCGCAACGCCCCGUGCCGCUCAAUCAAGCCUUUUACUGCUCAGCUUCAGCAUAAUAAGAGAGGAGAUUUGUUAGCCUACUUGAAACUCAUCAUGCCGGGUUUUGCGGACUCGUUUUGGUCUGGCGACUACGCCGCAGGCCUCGGUGUACUUUUCGAGAAGCUUCAGCAGGGUAUUGUUGAGAAUCAACAAGUCCUCACCAUUGCGAAAAUGCGAGCAGUAGCAGAGGAUACCUACAGCCAGAAAAUGGGCGAGAUAGUUCCAGCCACUGAGAAACUGACUGGAGGUUUCGCCAAGGAUGAUGGAGCAAGUGUUCGAAAAGCCUACGAGGGCGUGCGAGGGGAAAUGGAGGAAGCUUCCAAAAACCACAGGAAAAUUGCAUCGAAUAUUCGCGAGCUAGUCGUCAUCCCCUUUGGUCGGUGGUGCGAUGCGCAUGAAGCGCGAAUUGCCAACUCGCAAAAUGAUUUGCAAGCGCGAGUGAAGGCUCAUGACAAGCAGUCUGAGACGGUUAGGAAACUUCGAAGUCAUUACUUCAACAAAUGUCGUCUAGUGGAAGAUUUGGAGGAAGAAAAUAAGCUCGCGUUUCAGGACCCGCAAUCCGACGCCAAUCCCCCAAAUCAGAUUCCGACUGUGAAGCUUCCGGAGGAAGAUGAUCCUGAGGAACCAGAACCGAUUGAUAUUGGGGAUGAGACCUAUGGACCGGAACAGGUUAAGAAAAUCUUGACAAGCAUGCUGGAAUCAAUCAAGCAAGGCGAUGUCAAAGUUCCGAUUUUGGGAACCUACCAAAACGUAUCCACUGGUGCGGACAUUGUGGAGUACAUCCAAAAGAAUCUGAAUGCCACUUCUGUCAGCUACGCGGAGAGAAUCGGUCAGGAUCUUGUCGCCAACGGCUUCUUACGGUUAGUGGGAAACGUUGGAAACACUUUCGCCAACAGCUCGAGAAUGCAUUAUCAAUGGAGACCCAAGGUUUACCAAAUGACUGGUGUGCCGGACCGAAAGCGGAUGUUGGACCGGGUAUCUUCCAUUAUGCUUGAGAACCCAGACUCGCCUGUCGCCGGAACCGUUGGAGAGUAUCUGGCUGGCUGGAAUCCCCUCAACAACCCACAUCCGAAUGAGACGCCAGGCGAUAAGCUCCGCCGGGAGGCUCGAGAAGCGGACGACCGUUACAAGAUCGCUGUCCGAAAGUUGGACGCUUUGCGUUGCAAUCUCGAGGAAGCGAUGAUGGACCAUCUCAAGUUUAUGGAGCGCUGCGAACUUGAUCGUCUCAAGGCAAUCAAGGCUGUGGUUCUCGAUUUCUCGGGUGCCAUCAGCAAUGUUAUUCCAAGUCUGCAAAGCACGGUCGAUAACAUGAUGCUUUACCAAGAGACGGUUCAGCCACUCGCAGACUUGAGAUAUCUCUUGGAGAAUUACCGGACUGGUCCCUUUAUUCCCAAAGUGCAGGUAUACGAGAAUUACUACAACUCAGUCGAUGAACAAACGUUUGGUGUGGACCUCGAAGCACGUGCGAGAGCGGAUCGAAAGCGCGUGCCAAUUAUUGUUACAACAAUUUUGACUUACUUAGACGAGCACUAUCCCGACCUUGAAGGCGAUGAAGCGCGCAGAGGCAUCUGGCUUGUUGACGUGCCGCUGGCGGCGACGCAUCACCUUCGUAAUGUCCUAAACACUGGCAAAGCCAUUCCGCGUGACGUGCUUGAACAAUACGAGAUACCCGUUAUUGCGAGCGUCUUGAAAUUAUAUCUGCUAGAACUUCCUGAUUCUCUUGUUUCUUCACACGUUUAUGAGAUCGUCAAGACGAUCUAUUCCACCACCGCUAGCGAAACCUCGGAAUCAACUCGUAUUUCGGUGAUUCAGAAUACCUUGGGCCAGCUACGUUUGGCAAAUAUUGCGACGCUUGAUGCGAUCAUGACUCACUUUACACGCUUAAUUGAACUUACGUCUGCUGAUGAGGCAGUCAUCUCUGCGCUGGCACAGAGUCUGGCUCCAUGCGUUCUAAGACCGCGCGUUUCCAGCAGUCUGACCAUGAAUGAACGACACAGCUACCGGCUUAUUCGGGACCUAUUUGCCCACAAAGAUGCGAUAUUUGGAGAGCUCAAGCGCGCUAGCACCUUGAAGACCGGGCCAACCCGCGCUCGUGCUGUGAGCACGGAUGAGAGCAACCGCCGUGUGAACAUGGAGGCUCGGAACCGCGCAAUUGCCUCACGAAGCCGGGGAAGCAGCCCUGCAGCUGGGAUUCAAUCCAUGCGACAUCGACGGGACCGAUCCAGUGGCGGGGUCGAAGGAAGAUUCCCGAUCAAUCCCGCGAGCCCACCUACCUUGGAGCGUGUGAGAACUACGCGUUCUAGCCUCGGAAUCCCAGGAAGCAACGAGGGCUCGCCAGUCGGCGAACGUUCCUCCCUCUCCACGAUGAGAUCGAGCGAAACUUCCCCUCCUCCGUCAUGGAAUGGUACAGAUGGCGCAGCCGCUGCUCUCAACGGCACUGCUGAGAACCCUGACGUUUUGUCCUCACCCACGAGCACAACGAGUGCCUCCACUCUGGAGAAGAGAGACUCGCUCGGCAGAUCCACGGGCUUGCCUAGCUCUGCCCGGUUCUCCCGCAAGACCAACAGCUUGCAGCGACAGAGCCUUACCGGCUCCCUUGGCAAGCGCGAUAGCGUUGGCUCCAUAGGCAGCGCAACCACAACCACCACCAACGGUCCUACUGCAAGCAGUACCGUUGCAACAGAGGCAUCCGACCGACCAGUUGGUGUCGAACUGAAGGAUGCUCCGAUGGAUGACUAAACGGGAUGUCUCAUAUGCUUUCCGUAUACUUUUACGUUUUGUUGUCUCAAGGGAGAAUUUGAUACACUCGGCAUUCACGAUAGGAUUGUAGGAUAGUAGGAUAAGAAGUGGAUUACUUUUCAGGCUAUAAUAAUGGAUAAUCAUAGAAGGAAACUUUCUGCCAUGAUUGUUAUCAUUAUUCUACGAUUGUUAUUUCCACAUCCUUGUGGCACUUGUGAUUUACUAAAUGUUGUUCCCAACACCAAUCCCUUGAACGGUAAACACCUAUGAUUCCGCACGUUUGACAGACGUGGGCACCCUUCAUUUGGCCGGAUCUGGUGGCUUUGUUCACUUCCACCGGUCCCCUCAUCUCAAGUC